GCUCACUAAAAAAUUUCGAUAGAGAUAGGGUCUAGUCUAGGGAUCUUUUCUCCUAAGUUUCCCAUUUCGGUGUUAUUGUAUCAUUGUAGUUUUCACAUUAAAAAUGGCUUCAGUUUUGAAUUUAGUGAAAAGAAAUAACUUAGGCUAUCUAACGAAGUAUUUGGCUGCAAACGACCGAAUCUAUCAACAUGUUAGGAGUGCAUCAAAAUGGUAUCCGGGGGUCGAAGAAAUGAAACAAUUCGAGCGACCUGUAAUGUAUGUGCCUGAAGAAGCUGGUGAUUGGAAGGUGGAAGCAUGGAAUUCUAAUCCUCAGCCUAUUGAACGAGAAGUGAAAAACAUGACCAUCAAUUUUGGACCACAACAUCCAGCUGCCCACGGCGUACUUAGAUUAGUACUGGAACUGGCCGGAGAGGUCGUUAUACGAGCUGAUCCUCAUAUUGGACUUUUACAUCGUGGUACAGAAAAAUUAAUUGAAUACAAGACAUAUACUCAAGCAUUGCCAUAUUUCGAUCGUCUUGAUUAUGUAUCUAUGAUGUGUAAUGAACAGUGCUACUCAUUGGCCGUGGAAAAAUUGUUGAACAUUGAUAUACCAUUGAGGGCAAAGUAUAUCAGAACAUUGUUUGCGGAAAUUACUCGUUUGUUAAAUCAUAUUAUGGCUAUUGGCACACAUGCCUUAGAUAUUGGUGCUAUGACACCAUUCUUUUGGUUAUUUGAAGAACGAGAAAAAAUGAUGGAAUUCUAUGAAAGAGUAUCUGGAGCUAGGAUGCAUGCUGCCUACAUACGUCCUGGAGGCGUAUCUCAAGAUAUACCACUUGGUUUGAUGGAUGAUAUUUAUCAGUUUUCUUCGAAGUUUGGGGAACGUAUUGAUGAAACUGAAGAUAUGCUUACUAAUAAUGGAAUUUGGAUUGCUAGGACACGUGAUAUAGGUGUUGUGAGUGCUGAAGAUGCUCUAAAUUUAGGUUUUAGUGGAGUUAUGCUACGUGGUUCUGGUAUCAAAUGGGAUUUACGUCAAACACAACCUUAUGAUGCAUACCAUCUUGUUGAUUUUGAUGUACCUAUUGGCGCUCGUGGUGAUUGUUAUGACAGAUAUUUAUGUAGAGUUGCAGAAAUGAGGCAAUCACUUAGAAUUAUUGAACAGUGUUUGAAUCAAAUGCCAGCUGGUGAAAUUAAAACUGAUGACAUGAAAGUAUCGACCCCAUCAAGAUCAGAGAUGAAAAACUCCAUGGAAGCCCUAAUUCAUCAUUUCAAAUUGUUUACCCAAGGUUAUCAAGUACCUCCAGGUGCUACAUAUACUGCCAUUGAAGCACCCAAGGGUGAAUUUGGUGUCUAUUUAGUUUCUGAUGGUACUUCUAAACCAUAUAGAUGUAAAAUCAAAGCACCUGGAUUUGCACAUCUUGCUGCAUUAGAUAAGAUAGGGAAAAAACACUUCCUUGCAGACAUUGUCGCUAUUAUUGGAACACUUGACGUUGUGUUUGGUGAAAUUGAUCGUUAAGUGUUUAUUGGUGAGUAAAUAUUUGUUCUUGUUUCGAAGCUAAGUAAUUUAAUGUAAUGUAAUUUGUUAUUCAAUAAUAAUGAUUUAAAAUAAAUUAUUUUUUAGCGUACAUGCAUUUUAUUGAUUCUAAAGUUAUUGUUUUUACCAGUAUACUUUUCUUAAUCAUGUGAUUUGUGAAUGUGUUAUACAACAUUCGUACAUAAUUAAAUUUCCAUGUUCAAUAAAUUAUUUGCAAAGAUUGAAUAUUUUCUGUGUACACUAGUUUCUAUUCUACGAUAAAAUAUUGGAUUUUUAAUAGUUGUUUUAGGUAAGCAAACUAGAAGAUUAUUUCAAAAAAAAAAAUUGAAUUAUAUAAGUAUUUAAAUAUAGUGUUCAUUACUCAUUGU